GAGGAUGGCUGAUAUGACCCUAGAGGGCUGUUUUUUGUUUUUGUUUUUUACCUUCUGAAGUUUGACUGCUUUCUGAGUGGCUGAAGGGGUGGGGCCCCUGGAGAGGAGAGUUUACUUCUCUCUCUCUCUCCUCCCAAUCCCCCAACUUCCGGGUACGGAUUGGGAUCUGUAACAACUUGAGAGGCGGAAAUUCUGGUUUGUUUGACUCACCCGCUCCACGACUCCCGACUUUGAAAUUGGCAUUUUCCUGGGCACCAUGGGCUCCUGGAUUACUGCCCUUUUGGUUCGGCCAGAUUGAGCCUACCCCUCCACUGCCCCACUGGGGCAUUGAACCCCCCAAUCCUCCCCUUCCCCUCGUGACUCCACCUGUUCUUGGAUAGUCUUCCCGGCUGGGAGCCAGACCUUCUGGGUUCUUGUUGGGGGGCAGCUCAGCAUUUCAUCUCAAGGAACCUCCAAGUGACACUGGGAGCCACCAUGGUUCACUUAGCCUCGAAGCCGAACUCCAGAAUGCAUAUCCUUCUCCUGUUUCCCUCCAUGCUGCUGCUGCUGCUGCUCCCUGGAGGUUUGGGACAGAGUCCUGUGCCCAGGAUCAAAUAUACUGCAGGUGAUAGGCAUCGUUCUGUGAGCCUCUUUAGCAAGGAGGGUCUUCAGGAUUUUGAUGAACUGCUUCUAAGUGAGGAUGGGUCCACUCUGUACGUAGGGGCUCGGGACUCCAUCUUGGCCUUGAACAUUGGCGAACCAGGCAUCCCAGGUCUUAAGAGUAUGAUUCCCUGGGAAGCCAGUCCCAAGAAAAAAAGAGAUUGUGUCUUCAAGAAAAAGAGCAAUGAGACUGAAUGCUUCAACUUCAUCAGAGUCCUGGUGGCUGUCAAUGCUUCUCAGCUUUAUGUCUGUGGAACCUUUGCCUUCAGCCCAGCCUGUACCUACAUUGAACUGAAGGACUUUUCCCUGGUCCCUAUUCCAGAAGAAAGGAUCCUGGAUGGCAAAGGACAGAGCCCUUUUGACCCUGCCCAUAAGCACACGGCAGUUUUGGUGGAUGGGAUGCUCUACACUGGCACCAUGAACAACUUCCUGGGCAACGAGCCCAUCCUGAUGCGAACCCUGGGAACCCAGCCUGUCCUCAAGACUGAUGCUUUCCUCCGAUGGCUCCAGCCGGAUGCCUCCUUUGUGGCCUCCAUCCCCUCUACCCACGUCGUUUACUUCUUCUUUGGGGAAACAGCUAAAGAGUUUGACUUCUUCGAGAAACUCACCAUCUCCCGAGUAGCACGAGUCUGUAAGAAUGACGUGGGUGGGGAGAAGCUACUGCAGAAGAAGUGGACAACAUUCCUGAAAGCUCAGUUGUUUUGUGCUCAGCCUGGCCAACUGCCCUUCAACGUGAUCCGCCAUGCAGUACUAAUGCCUGCUGACCCUCCUGCCUCUGCCAGAGUCUAUGCAAUUUUCACAUCCCAGUGGCAGGUUGGAGAGACCAGAAGUUCGGCAGUCUGUGAGUUCUUUCUCUCAGACAUUGAGAAGGUCUUCGAGGGGAAGUACAAGGAGAUGAACAAAGAAAGCUCCCGAUGGAACACAUAUAGUGGCCCUGUGAGCAAUCCCCGCCCUGGCAGUUGCUCAGUGGGUCCCUCCUCUGACAAGGCCUUGACCUUCGUGAAAGAACAUUUCCUGAUGGAUGGAAAGGUUGUGGGGAAGCCCCUGCUGGUGAAACAAGAUGUGGAGUACACCAAGUUGGCUGUGGAGAUGGCGAAGGAUGUCAAUGGAAAAGACCACUUGGUCAUGUACUUGGGAACCAACACAGGUUCUCUCCAUAAGGCUGUGGUAGGUAAUGACAAUGAUACACAUCUGGUAGAGGAGAUCCAACUGUUUCAGGAACCUGAACCCAUCCGAAACAUAUUACUGGCACCUUCCCAGAGAGCACUAUUUGUGGGCUACUCUGGGGGGCUUCUGAGGAUCCCCCAAGCCAACUGCAGUGUCUAUAGGAGCUGUAUAGACUGUGUCCUUGCCAGGGACCCCCACUGUGCCUGGGACCCUGUUGAAAAAGCCUGUCGUAUGUUUUUCAACACCUCCAUAGACUUAUCUUCCUGGAAACAAGACAUAAAUCCCGGUAACCCAGCAUGGACUUGUGUCAGUAGACCCAUGGGCAGAAGCUUCAGACCUCAGAGCCCACCCCAACUCAUAAAAGAAGUCCUGGCUCCUCUUCACUCCAUCUUGGAACUCCCCUGCCCCCAAACCUCCACCCUAGCCACCUACCACUGGACUUACCAAGCAACCCCCAUUCAGACUUCUUCCUCAGCAAUCUACAAUGGUUCCCUCAUGCUGCUUCUUCGGGAAGAAGUCAGAGGCCUCUACCAGUGCUGGGCAACGGAGAGCGGCUUUACUCAUCCUGUUGUCUCUUACUGGAUACAAAGCCAGGAAGACCCCUUGCCCCUGGAUCCAGAAUUAGCAGGGAUUCCCAGAGAAAGGGUGGAAACUCCUUUAACUGUUGGAGGACCCACCCCCCUUGUCACUCCCAGGUCAUACUGGUCCCACUUCAUCAUUGUCACUGUCCUCCUGGCUUUGGUGCUCUCAGGGGCCCUAAUCGGCCUUGUCUGUUGCCCACUGCGGGCACUCCAAGCACAGAGGAAAGUCCAAGGUUGUGGUACCCUGCCUCCGGGGGAAAAGGCCCCAUUGAGUGGAGACCCCCCUCUCCAGCCUCCCAAGGACACAAGGAUCCUGAAUGGAGGGGGUGUGGAUGCUGACAACAACCAGCUGGGAACUGAAAUGGCAUAGACUGCAAUAGCACACAUGAAAUAAUGAAAGAUUGUAAUGGAUAUUAUGGUAUGGCAAAGAGUUAGCCUUGGUUAAGCUGACCCUACCAUAGGAAAUUGUUGGGAUUACCCUACAAUAACAAAUGGGAAGGGAUGGCCAGAGAAAGCCACCUUCCUCUUAUCAAGAGGAGCUCGUCCUCCCUCUGCUACUCUGAGCCACUCUACAGAAGUAAUGAGGAGCACACCCAGCAUCCUAAAACCAUCCCUGGGACAUGACCCAUCUUGCCAGAACACGCCAGUUCUAAGCACUUUCCUCUGACCAAGAGUGUGGGGUGGAACCUCUCUUCAGGAGACUGCCCUGAAUGCUGAAUCAGUUUGGUAAUCAAAAAUCAUUCCAAGAGACCUUCCAGAAACAGACUGUACUAGGAAAUCCUUGUGAUAAAAUUCCCAAGCAACACGGCUAUUGAUCUUUGUUAGAAACUCAGUCCUAACUUGUGCUGGGACUCAGCCCAUAUCUCUAACUGGCAUUUCUGUCCCACUUUGGUCUGCCGAGGAUCUGCAGGAAGCUAUGUCUGUGCUCAUCCCAGUGUUCUCACAAAUGACCCUCGGGUGUUCUCUCUUGAUGUUUCACCUCUCCUGAUGCAAUGGGGAACAAUUUUCAAUUCCCCUUCCCUCCUCCAUAGAAUUAUGGGGAGUGGGAUAAUCUGAGCCUUGCACAUAUCUGGCCAAACCUGGCCUCUCAACUUUGCCUCUGCCCUUCUCUUCCAUACCAGUCUCCCUUCAGAUACGUCCUCCCUUCUCAACUCUUCCUCUUUGUUUUUGUCUUUGGAAACAUGUAAGUCUUGCCACAAACAGUUUAUUUUUUAUUAAAAACACAAAACCUUAAA